AUGUUUAAAUCAAAUAACUGGAAGGAAACAUAUGAUAAAGUUUUAAGUUUUUUUAAAGUACCAGAGCUAAAACCAGAAUUACAACAGACAAAGAUAGGAGAUAUAGAGAUUUCUAGUUGUGAUUUGUUCGUUGACCUUAACAAAUAUUUUUCUAACCUCGAUAUAAAACCUGAAACUCGAAUCUUCCGAAUUUAUGCUGAUGUAGUUCAACUUCCAAAUACUUUAGAAAUUCCACUUUUGAAUGACGGUGGUGCUAUUUUGAUAGUAGCAAGGCGAAUUGAAAUUGAACCAAAAUGCAAAAUAAUUGUUAAUUACAAAAAAUCUUUCCGAAUAGUAAUUUACACUAUAGAAAUGACAUCUGAACUUGAAAUUAAUGCAAAUAAUGAUUCAUAUAAAUUCGAAAUCAAAGAUUCAAAAAAUGUUGGCAAAAUACUUACUCUAUGCAAUGGGAAAAGUUCGGAAUAUAAGGAUAUACCUAUAUUCGAUAAUAUUAUCCUUAAAAAUAAUGCAUUCCUCAAAGUUUUACAAUACUCUUUAAAUAUCGCUAUUUCCUUAUUUUAUGAUAAUCCCGGAAUUACACGACCAAUUCUCUCUUGGAUAAUAAGAAUAACAAGACAAUCUGAACGUGAAGAGACAAAAGAAUUAUAUUAUUAUGCAUUGACGAUACUCACGAAACUUAAUAUCAUAGAUAAAAGAAAAGAAAAUAAUAUUAAAUUUGUUCCACCGCUUGAUAAGCGUAUUUAUAAAGAACGAAUUGAUGAAUAUAUGAAAUUUGCAAAAGAUUAUGAAGAAAAAUUUGCACAGUUCCUAAAUGAUAGAGAACAAAAGGCAGAAACGCUAUAUGCAUCGUUAAUGAAUAGUAGUGAUAAAGCCAAAAUGUAUGAACAUUUAAAUGAAGAAAGAAAAACUCGUCAUGAUUCAGCAUGUAAUUUAAUGAAAAACUUUGAAAAUGAACUUCAAGCAUGUAUUCAUAGAAAGCGAGAAAAUGUAAAAAGUGCUUUUAAUGAACUUGAAAAAGGAAUUGAGAAUUGGAAAGAAGAACAAAAAAUUGAAGCACAAAAAAAAUUGAUUAUUGCUGCUGUAGAUUUAUCUUUAAGUGUUACCAAAAUUGUUUUACAACCUGCGUCGAUAUGGAAAAAAAUUGAAGAGUUAUAUAAGUUAGCUACCGAUGCUGAUGUGAAAGAAAAUUUUGACAAACUUAAGGAUUUAGAAAAUCAGGAAAAGUAUGGAAAAAUAGAGAACUUAGAUAUUAAUGGCCUUGCAAAAAGGCUUGAAGCUAAUGAUCAAAAAGGAAUCUUAUUAAGCACUGAAUGGGAAUUAACUAGGCGUCAAAUGAUGAAAUUGCUUGAAUUUCCUAUCAAACAAAAUAUUGAAGGUGCUCAAAAAUAUUUAGAUUCAUUAGAGAUUUUUUUUAUAUUUAUUGACGCAUACAUUAAAGCCAAAAUCGAAGAAAUCGAAAGUUCUGAAGAAUUUUUACGAACUAGUUUGCAAGCAAAAAUGUCAAAAAGAAAAAAAGACCGAGUUGAACUAAUGAUUAAAAAACACGAAUCAAAAAAUUAUGAUGAGAUUAAAUUCCAAUUAAUCGAACAUCUUAUCAAUAUUAAAUUUUGGAUGAUGAUAUACAUGGAUGAUUAUCUUUGUGCCUACGAAUAUUGGUCACUUUCAAAUUCAGAAAUAAAACCUUCUGUCAUUAAAACAUUCCAAGAAUUGGAAGAAGAUAUGAAUAAAAUUAGAGAUGAACUAGAGAGUACAUAUGUACAAUUUGGGCGUAGUCCUAACCUUAAUUGGUCUUUAAUUAAAUUUGAUGAAGAAAAAUAUAUUGAAGAAUUUAAAAAUAAUCGAUCUGUUAUAAUAGAAAUUCCAUUGAAUUAUGAAGAAUUAUUGAAUUAUUCACACAUAAACCUUCAUGCUCUUAGGGUAUACUUAGAAGGGGUUGGAUUAGAAAAUGAGCUAAUCAGACUCUAUAUUAGCAAUACAGGCACCUUGGUGAACAGAGAUGAAAAAAAUCAAGUUCAUCAUUUUAGCUCUAAACCUAUCCCACCUGGUGAAUUUAAAUACAGAAUGAAUUCAUCAUUUAAUUCAUCUUUAGAUUUCAAAUCCGAAAAACAUAUUGGUCUCGAUAACAAAUAUAAUAAUGACGAAAAAAUUUAUUUUGUUCCAACUCCAUUUUGUCAGUGGAAAAUUAGUCUUUAUACCGAAAAUGACUUGUCUGGAUUGAAAUCAAUUAACAUUCAUUUAGUAACAUAUGGUCGCUUGAUGGUUUGA